AUGGCUACCCCCGUUUUCACCAAGAAUGCCCCGCCGGCCGUUGGCCCCUACUCCCAGGCCAUCAAGACCCCUGGCGCCAUCUACUGCUCCGGCCAGGUCCACUUCAACACCGAAGGAGUGUUGCAGGACGGAACUAUCGCAGAGAAGACUGCCCUCUGCAUCAAGAACCUCGAGGCCGUCCUCACUGAGGCUGGCUCCUCCAUCGAGAAGGUCGUCAAGACCACCGUCUUCCUCUCUGACAUGGCCAGCUUCGCUGAGAUGAACGGCGAGUAUGAGAAGUGGUUCAAGCACAAGCCCGCCCGAAGCUGCGUCGCUGUCAAGACCCUUCCUAAGAAUGCCGACGUCGAGAUCGAGGCCAUCGCCCUCCCUUAA